AUGGACGAGUUCAACGUGACCAGUGCCCUCGAGCCAGGCGAGCUGGUCAAGGAUGGCUUCUUCACUCUCUUCGAGUCCGUCGGGGCUCUCGAGAUCAUGGAUCCCAAGAUGGACAGUGGCUGCCUCGCCCCUGGAGAGCCCUUAGAAGAGAAGCUCCAGGUUGAUGUUCCGCUCAUGCCGGAAGAGGUCUUGGGGAUCAUGGAUCAACUGCUCUGCCAUGAGAUGGCUUGGCACCUGGGAUACCCGUUGUCCCAGACAUUGUUCACCAGCAUUCACCUCGAGUCGAUCAUGAUGCCGCCCCCUAACAGUCUGGAGGAUGCGUACUUCACACGUGUCGAGGGCGACCAUGCCCACACAGAUCGUAUGCUCCGCAUUCUGAGGGCGUAUUGUCUGGGCCUGCUCAAGGCAUGUCGCUGUGUCAACGAGCGCAUCAAAUUUGAGCACUACUAUGAGGAAGAGGACUUCGUGACAAACACCUAUCACCGAUCCCUCCUCGACAACGUCCCUGGGAAGGAGGUGUUUGAUGAGAUCCGAGAUGCUCGAGACCUUCUCCACAGCAUGUCGCGCGAGCUCGGUGCAGAGAUGACCCAGGCCCUGGAUUUCAGGCUUGAGCUGAGAUAUGCGUUCCUCCGAGCCAUCGAGCUCUCUGAGCUGAGAACGCACCCCGAGUCUCUCAAGACGCCAUGGGUGGAGAUGAAGGCCAUCCUGGAUCCUAUUUCCCAGUCACACCCGCUGGGCACGCCAUGCCCACGCUUCUUCAGCGCAAAGCUUCAGCGGCGUCUCGCCAGCACGAUGCCGCCGCGCCCAAUCGUCCAGCUGAGCUUUGAGGAGGCCAUCUCGCACUUCAGGCGGCUUGCUGUGGACGGGCUCGAGGUUGCCGAUGUGCUGAAAUACACCGACUCGCAAAGCCUCUUAAAUUUCAUCCUGACUUUCCAGGCCAAGAAGCCACAGCCUCUCGUCUAUAUUCGGACCCUCUUACAGAACUACGUAUUUAAGGACAUGGUGUUGCUUGGCUCACUCAGCAUCCGGCAGGUCUUUGAUGACGACUUAGCCCUCAUCGUCCUUCCCUCGAGUCGACUUCUCGACCGCGCAAACGACAACGUUGAGGCCGUCAAUGAUCCGAGAUACGCCAUUGCGCACCAGAUGGAAGUCUUUCGGCAAAGGGCUGCGCAGUCUUACCUGGACGUCUUCAGGGCGUUUUGUCAGAACCGCUGCAGGGUUAGGCGAACAUUAUGCCACGCCAUCCAGGACUGGGAGGCUGUCCAGGCAGACGCUGAAGAGAUCGACCAGCUUCUCCAGCUGGCCCUUGACGAGAAGCCUCUGUCCUACCAGCCCUUUGGCACGGGCAGCGCCAGGCCGACCUUUUCCCUCCCGCUCUCGUCCUGGGCUUACCUCUACAAGCUCCGCCUGAUGGUGUGGAUUGUCCAGCUCGGCUUCGAAUUGGAGGUGUACCAGCCAGACGAGCUUGCGGGCAUGUACUGGUACCUCAGCUACCUCGCACGGAUCCAGGCUGGCCACGUCGAGCGCAUCAAGGCCUUUGCGGUGCGGACGCUGAAUGAGCUGCGGGCAAGGUCGGCCGCUGUGACCGCAGCGCGAGAGCAACAGGUUACGCGCUCGCUAUCUUACCUCCGCGCAACGCUUCUCGAAGCUGCCGUCACCUGGGAGCUCGCCGACGCCCUGUCGUCCAUCUACACAUUAUUGUAUGACCGACUCGGGCUUGUCAGCCCGCCCCCGCGGCCCUACUCCACAGAUGAGCUACGCUACGAGAUCCGUAUGCGCCCCUUUAUACCAAUCGAGCUACCAGAACUGCCGACCUAUACCGAGUUUUCGCGGUCAGUCAGGCAGGAAGAAAAGCCAGCCACGGCACUGCUCAGUACCGCUGAAAGUGCAGUAGCAGGCGCGAAGAAAGGCUACGAGGUCCUGAUGAAAUUUGGCGAGAAAGAGGCCUUCACGGCACAGUGCCACAAGCGGUGGAUGCAAGCUACGCGGGCUGGCUUCAAGAGCGCCAUCCAGGCGGGGCUGGCAGUAUCGACGUUGAAGAGGGUGGUUGAGGCGCGCGACAAGGGCCAGGACGUCCAAGUCAAUGUAAAGAUUCCUGGACCCCACGGGGGUUAUCAUGAAUGGUGGGUCGUGCCGACAAUCACCAUCACCACGGCCCCUAAAGGCCCUGAGGAGAUAGAGGGGACGUUGCAUCCAGUGGUAUCACGCAAAGAGGCGGAGUGA